GUCGCGUUCGCUCCCGGCCGGCAGCGCCCAGCGGCGGGGCCGUGAGGGGGAGCGGGGCCGCGGGGCCGCCGGGGCUCGGGGCGGCCGCGGUGCGGGGUUAGACACGGUAACGGGGGCGCUUGUGGGGCUGUGGGGGUUGCCCCAUGGCUGGGGUAGCUCUGUAAGGGGGGGGCUGUAGGGGUUGCUCCCCCUUCGGCUGAGGUAACGCUGCACGGGGGGUGGAUUCUGAGGGGAUUUACUCCUCGUUCCUUAGCUGAGGUAGCUCUAUAAGGGGGCUCUGUGAGGGUUUGCCCCCUUUUUCUAUCUGGGACAGCUCUUUAAGGGGGUUCUGUGGGGAUUUGCCCCCUUUCCCUAUCUGGGGUAGCUCUUUAAGGGGUUCUGUGGGGAUUUGCCCCCUUUCCCUAUCUGGGGUAGCUCUAUAAGGGGGUUCUGUGGGGAUUUGCCCCCUUUCCCUCUCUGGGGUAGCUCUUUAAGGGGGUUCUGUAGGGGUUUCACUCCCAUCGGGGGCAGCUCUGUAAGAGGGGGAGUUUGUGGGGGCACCCCCCAUUUGGGGUAAGGGGGGGGUCUGUAAGCUUUGCUCCCCCCUGUCUGAGUUAGUUCUGCAGGGAGGGUCUAUGGGGUUUACCCCCCAUUUUGGAUAUCUUUGCAAGAGGGUCUGUGGGGUUUUGCUUCUCCUUUGCCCCCACCCCAGUGGGGUACCUGUGUAACAGGGGGGUCUGUGGAGGUUCCCCCCCCUCUAUAGUAACUCUCUAAGUGGGGUCUGUGGGGCUUGCCCCCCAUCUGGGUUAACGGCAAGAGGGGUCUAUGGGGGUUCGCCCCCUCAAUAGUAACGCUAUAAGUGGGGUCUGUGGGGACUUGUCCCCCUUCUGUCCCCCCACCAGCUAGAGCAGCUCUGCAAGGGGGUCUGUGGGGGUUCUCCCCCCAUAGUAACUCUCUAAGUGGGGUCUCUGUGGGUUCCCCCCCUCAUAUGGGGUGUCUUUCCAAGGGCAAGCACAGGCUGUGGGCUUAGAUCUAAGUAACUAUUAGGUGUAUGGGGACUUGUAGCAUAAGUGAGCAGGGGCUAGCGGGGGUUUAAGCCCCCCAUAUAGGACAGGUCAGGGUUAGCAGGGUGUGGGGCUAACCCAAGGAGAGGACCCCAAGCCCUAGAGCCACCCAGUGAGGCCAGGCAGGAGCCCCCCCAUUCAGCCUGUGGAUGCUGCGCCCCUGGAGAUGAUGCCACCUGAGGAGGAAAGCCCUGAUGGGGACGGGGACAGGGACAACAGCCUCGUCCUCCUGCAAAGCCUGAAGAGCAGCAGCACCCGGAAGCAGGGCUGUGACCCCUUUGCCCAGACCCAACGCAGCAAACUGCAGCAUCGCCGGGCACGGAUUAACCAGCAGAUCAACAAGGAGAUGAGGAUGAGAGCAGGGGCAGAAAACCUCUUCAGGGCCACCAGUAACCACAAAGUCAAGGAGACCGUUGCCCUGGAGCUGAGUUAUGUGAACUCCAACCUGCAGCUGCUGAAGGAGGAGCUGGAGGAGCUGAACAGCAGCGUGGAUGUGUACCAGAAUGACAGUGAAUCCAUCAGUGUCCCCAUGAUCCCUUUGGGCCUGAAGGAGACGAAGGAGCUGGAUUUGCUGGUACCACUGAAGGAUUUCAUCAGUGAACACUAUGGAGAGGAGGGCAUCUUGUUUGAGAAAGAAAUCAAAGAGUUCAUGGAGCUGAGGCAGGCGAUGCGCACCCCGAGCCGCAAUGAAGCCGGGCUCGAGCUCUUGAUGGAGUAUUACAACCAGCUCUACUUCCUCGACAGCCGUUUCUUCCCUCCCACCAAAAGCCUGGGUGUCUUCUUCCACUGGUAUGACUCCCUGACGGGGGUCCCAUCCCACCAGCGGGCACUGGCCUUCGAGAAGGGCAGUGUCCUCUUCAACAUUGGAGCUCUGCACACCCAGAUAGGAGCACGGCAGGACCGUGCAUCCCUGCCAGGGCUCAACCAGGCCAUCGAUGCCUUUCAGAAGGCAGCAGGUGCCUUUAACUACUUGAAGGAGAACUUCUCCAACGCUCCCAGCCUGGAUAUGAGCGCUGCCUCCCUGAACAUGCUGGUGCGGCUGAUGGUCGCCCAGGUCCAGGAGUGUGUCUUUGAGAAGAUGACCUUGCUGCGUGCCCAGCACGACUUCCUCACACAGCUCCAGCUCGCCCAGGAGGCGGCAAGGGUAGAAGAUGUCUACUCGCUGGUGCACCAGACGAUGACCCAGGCCCACGUGAAGGAUUAUGUUCCCUUCUCUUGGACCACCAUGGUCCAUGUCAAAUCGGAGCAUUUCAAAGCCCUCUCCCACUACUUCGCUGCCAUUGCCCUCUGCGAGUGCCCUGUGCCAUCUGAUGCUGAACUGCCAGAGCAGGAGAAGGCUUUUAUCCAGUUUCAUGUCACCAUGCCAGAGGGCCCAUCACUCCGUGUCCUGCUGCAGGACCCCGAGGAGAGGAGGAAGCUGGGCAAAGCUCACCUGAAGAAAGCCAUCAUGAAGCACGAGGAAGCCAUGAGGAUUCACGGCUUGUGUAAGAUCCUCAGGAAGAUGGAUAUCCUGCAGGAGGUCCUCUCCUUUGCCCACAAGCGGUCGCUGAGUAAAUACUCCGAAAUUGACCAUGAGGAGGACUUCUUUGAAACUGGAGAUGCUCCAGAUAUUCACCCCAAAACACACCAGAAACCAGAGAUCAAAUCCCCCAACUUCUCCCAGGUGAAGGUGACCGACCUCUUCCACAGGCUGGGGCCCCUUUCGGUUUUCUCAGCCAAAAACAAGUGGUACCCGGUGCGGAGAGUCCACCUGAUGAGAGGAGAGAAUGGGUUUGGAUUCACACUCCGAGGAGACUCCCCUGUCCUCAUUGCUGGGGUCAUCCCAGGGGGCUGUGCUUCUGAAGCUGGGCUGAAGGAGGGAGACUACAUCAUCUCAGUGAAUGGCAAGGAUUGCAAGUGGUCCAAGCACGCCGAGGUGGUGCAGCUGCUGAAGAGCACUGGGGAGGAGGGAGUGGAGAUUGGUGUGAUAACCCUGCAGGGCUCGGAGGGACCGAAAGCUGCAGACAAGAAGGCAGCAGCGAUGUCCUCGGGCAGUGGGGUGCUGAAGAGCAACAAGGAGAACAGCCGGAAGAGCCUGAUGAACAGCAAGAGCGCCAGCACGCUGCUGGUGUGGAGCAAGAAGAGCAAGCGGAGCAAGAAGAGCACCUACGGCAUCCCCUUCACCACGGUGGGAGACAACGAGGUCAUGUACUGAAGCAGCUACAGGGUUAGUUUGUGUCCCACCAGCUCCAGGCCUGGCUGCCCAUGAACCCUUGCAAGCACUGGUGGCCUCCAGGCUGUGUUGGUGCUGCAAGGAAACCCCCCUGGCCCAGGGAUGUGCCGCUGGUCGGAUCCUCUCCAAAGAGGCGAGUGAUGCAUAGCACCAACUCCUCCAUCUCCCAGCUCCUGUGUUAAACCAUCCUCAGCCUAAACAAUAUGGGGAAACACUGAUUUAUCCUGAAUUUUUAGCUUUUAUUUUGCUCUUAGGGGUCUCUAGAGGGAGCUGUGCUUCAACAUAAAGCAGGGACUGGUUUGUGUCUUCAGCUCAGCGCAAGGAGCAGCCAAACCAAGCCCCAGCCAUUAAGGCAAAAGCUGUAACCUUCUUUAGCAUCUCCUAGGCUUUCUCUGCAAGGUAGAAGGUGGCACCACUGCUCACCAAGAGCUGCUUGCAGAGCUGAAUCAUUGACCAGCUCCACCUUCAACUCCCCUUUCUCAGGAGAGAGGACAGUGUGGGACUUGUGGCGAUCCCACUGUGGCCUCCAGCACAGGCAGCACCGGGUUGCUCAUCUCUGCCGUGGUACCACUUAGGGGAUGUCCCAGUGAAAUGGAUUGAAGUUAGGAUGGGUUUAACCAUAUUUUUAGUGCUUUGUGUUUGUAUUUCGUUAAUAACCAGCCAGGUUGGCCCAGCAAAUGCAGCCCAGCUGCUUCUUUGGAAGAAAAGGGAAAGACUUAACGUGCGUUUUGUCUCGCUUCUUUUAAUCAGUAGACGUGGAUUGCCCUAAAUAUGUGAGUAGAUUAAUAGCUAAGAGCCUUGCUCGAGUUCUUUUUUUCUGCUUGGAGAUUAAAAUUCCAGGAAGAUAGCUCCUCCAGAUUAUUAAACUACUAAAUUUGUGCUAGUAUUGGAUCUUGCACACGUUGCUAAUACCCUAACACUGUGCUGUCAGCAUUCGUACCGGAGCUGGGCUGAUGGAUACAUGCAUCUUGGUAAUUGUACUGGAAACGCUGGGAGACUCCGAAUACGCUCUUAGAUAUAUUGGCACCAUUUUCUCCAUCCCAUUUCUGCCUCGUGCAUUAUUUUUCUGAAAGCUAAAGAGCUGUCUGCUCUUCAGUGCUUGGAUGAUCUUGGUAGGUAUAAAAUACCCUUCAGAGAUGCAAUUGUAUUUUUGUACUUUUUAAGUGGUGACACGUUGAGUUUUAAAGGAAGUGAACGCGCGCGGGAUGUCGUCACGAGAGCAUCCCCCUGGGGUUGUAUCAUGACUUCUUGGUGGCUCGAGGCCCAAAUGCUGAGCUUUCAGCCCUGGUUUUAGUUAGGGAGAACUAAAUCGUAGAAUCAUAGGAUGGUUUGGGUUGGAAAGGACCGUAAGAUCAUCCAGUUCCAACCCCCUGCCUUGCGCAGGGAUGCCUCGCACUAGAGCAGGUUGCUCCAAGCCCCUGUGUCCAACCUGGCCUUGAACACUGCCAGGGCUGGAGCAUUUACCACAUCUUUGGGCAACCUUUUCCAGUGCCUCAGCACCCUCCCAGUAAAGAACUUCUUCCACAGGGCUUCUAGCUCUGUAUUAGCUACCAAGAAGCCUUUCUAUAGACCGAGACAUCAUCAAACCGGAUUAGAGAUCCGGCUGCCACCAUCUGGUGCAGUCAGAUUUCCUGCGUCAUCUUCCCAGCUGCUUGAGUGCUAAGGAAGGCGGUGGGUUCACAGGAAAGGCCACCUUCCCAUUAAAGCAUCCCAGCAGCAUCUUCCCCCCUGAUUCUAAAUGUGUUGCCAACAGAGACAUCUUGGAGCUGGGGAUGUAUUUAUUUAGAAGCCUGCGCGUCGCGUUUCCGCCCGCAUCACCCGGCUCCUCCGUUGGCAUCAGCGGGGAGGGGUUGUGUGUUGUGUGAGUUGGAUGGUUGCCCUAACACCAGUGGUUUUGUUUUGGUUGGUUUUGUACGUGGACUCUCACCUUUUCUGGAUUAAAAAGCACUGAUUCCAAAACA